CUUCAAGCUUCCCAACACUCUUGCAGACGGCACCCACCCGCGACCUCCCCAUCAAACGUAUCAUACACUACAACAGCGAGUCGAGAAUACGCAAAUCGACAUCGAGAUAUGAGUCGUGCCAACAAACUUGGCCCAGAGGUAAAUCGAGCUUUGUUCGUAAAGAAUCUAAGCUACAACGUCACCCCAGAGGAACUGUUCGACCUCUUUGGGAAGUACGGGCCCAUCAGGCAAGUCCGCCAGGGCAUCGCGAGCAACACCAAGGGCACCGCCUUCGUCGUCUAUGAGGACGUAUUAGAUGCGAAGCAGGCGUGCGACAAGUUGAACGGGUACAAUUUCCAGAAUCGUUACCUCGUUGUACUAUACCAUCAGCCCGACAAGAUGAACCGCACAAAAGAGGACCUGGACGCCCGCAAGGAGAAUUUAGAACGCCUAAAACAGCAACAUGGGAUCGAUUGACAGUUAGACGGGCCUGCGGACAGCCUUCAGAGCCAACACAACUUGUCUGGAGGCCCGUCUUCUCCGACAACUCCCUCCGCGACGAUAAGGGCGGCUUCGGCGCCCAGAGCGCCAAAGUCAAUUGUCAAGAGAGGCAGACCGCUCAUCGCUUCACAUGCACGCAGACUGCCUCACUUCAUGCGCAAGCUACUUCCGACGGUGCCAGAGUGCGCCUAGGCGGCUUCAUCGCCAUCAGGUUUUCGACACGCGAGGAAAUUUCACGUCGCAUUGACAGCGUCCUGGCGCAGUUACAUGCGGGUUUAACUCUGCUUGGGCCUGUCGCUCCAUUCACGAAGCUAGCAACUUUCAUUCGAUCAGGUUUUCGUUUCUUGAUGUUCCCCGGGUGAUGCUGAGGUUUUCCGGGUCUGGGGAUCAACGGAUGGAGUUUGCGUUUGUUUUCUACUUGGGGGGUUCUUACCGGCGUGAACAGGGCAAUCAGGGAAAGUACUUUAUUGCCUGUUUAUGCUUUGGUUCUGUUUCGGUGAUUUAUUUCCAGGUUGGCAUUGGGCGCAGACUGAACUGAUUGCCUUCGGAAUAGCAGCAAGCUACGGGUGGAGGACAGCGGUGGUGUUUGACAGCAAUCCUCCUUUCUCCCGGGAACAGCGUUCUGCCUCAGUACCUGCCUUGCCGCAUUUAAUGCAAUGGUCAAUGGAGACCAAGGCACGGGAACCAUCUCUCUCCCGGUUCAGUUUGGUUUGCCGUUUUGAUUUUUCUCCACCACCAUAAUUACGUCACUUUCUCCUUUGUAGAAUGAAACGGUGAAUAGUGUUGCCAGAGCAAGCCUCGCCAAAUCACAUGUUGCUCAAG